AUGGCCUUUCUACCGCUGGCACUGAUCUACCUGGCGUCGGGAUUUGCCCUCGUCCACGCGUCCACGCGGCCGCCGUACGAACCAGUGCCGGCCUGCCCGCCCUGCUUCACGUCGACCGUCUGGACACAGGGUGUCUGCGGAAAGCCGCGAUGCACGACGCCGGCAACAAAGCCGACACCAACACCGACACCAAUUCCCGCUCCAGCGCUCUCCGGCGACUGCACCGUCACCGUCACCGAAGCAGAGCCCCCGACCACCACCAUCGUCGCCAACACCAACGUCUGCUCCGUCUUUCCCACCAUCACGCGGUCCAUUCCCUGCCCGCCCGCGCCCGCUUGUAACGACGACAGCCAGCGCUGCAAGACGGUCUGGAUCCCGGCCACGAACACCGGCCCCGACAGCACGACGUACAUCUCCAACUGCGUGGCCACCAUCACGCCAUGGAUCCAGCCGUUGCCGCCCGGCUACACGCCGACGCCGCCGCUGCCUCCGUCCUAUCCCUGGCCAUCGUCUGUGACGUCCGGGCCGUCCGUGGCGGUCAUGUAG